GCUAGUCAGGUAUAAAAACGUGAAGCCAUUACGUUUGUUGAAAGAGUUUGCACGUUCGCGAGAGUAAUCGACAUCUCUCGCUCGCCCAGCCUGCACGAGGCCGCGAAUGGCCUUUCAAGGCGUGCGCGGCUCGGCGCGGCCGGUCGGGGGCUCCGUCGAGCUCGCGCACGAGCCAGUGGCCCGGCGAGCAGUGGGCUGCCGGAGGUGCCGUCGACUGGUGGUUGCGCAGGCCACACCGCAGGGCCUGGUGCCCAAGCCCAGGGCGCCGGCCAGCGCCCCCGGCGGCCCUGCCUCUAGGCCCGGUCAAUCCGGUCAACGCCUUGUGCUGACGGAGCUGCUGGGCGGCCAGGAGCGCGACCUGCUGCCGCCACCUUCCAUGACGCCGUACGGGUCCGCCAGCAGCACCAGCAGCACCGACAGCGACUACAGCGCGCCCCCCUCCCCAGCAGGCCCAGACGGCAGCGGCCGGGCCCGCGGCGGCGGUCCAGCGCUUCUGAACCUCCGGGAGCUGUUCCUGCCGCCCGGCUACCCCCAGACCGUCACACCCGACUACCUGUCCUACCAGCUGUGGUCUGUGCCGACCCACAUCACGGGGCACCUGAGCCACGCGCUGGUGACCAGCUCGCUGCUGUCGGCGGUGGGCGUGAGCGCGGGCCCCGCCGCCACCGUGGCGCUGUCGGCCUCCAUCAAGUGGAUCGUCAAGGACGGCGUGGGCGCUCUGGGGCGGCUCAUUGUGGGCAGCCGCUUCUCCGCCGAGUUCGACGAGGACCCGCGGCGCUGGCGCAUGGUGGCGGAGCUGCUGAGCACCUGCGGCAUGGGGCUGGAGGUGGCCACGGUGCUGUACCCGCACUACUUCCUGCUGCUGGCCUGCAGCGGCAAGUUCGCGCAGGCGCUGGGCAAGGGCAUGGGCAAGCCCGUGUUCCGGGUCAUCCAGACCCACUUCGCGCGCGCGCAGAACGUGGGCGCGGUGGCGGCGAAGGAGGAGGUGUGGGAGGUGACGGCGCAGAUGGCGGGGCUGGCGGCCAGUGUGGCGGUGCUGCGCGCGCUGGAGGCGUCAGGCGCUGCGGACGGCGUGGUGGGCACGUGGGCGGCCAUCCAGGCGGUGCACGUGGCGCUGCGCUACCGCGCCCUGGCCACGCUGCGGUUCCCCUCGCUGUCGCUCAAGCGGGCGGCCAUCCUCGCCGCCGCGCAUGUGCGGGCGGGCGCCGCGGGCGGCGCCGUGCAGCUGCCGGGCGUGGAGGCCGUGAACGCGGAGGAGGGCUCGCUGGCGUCGGUGCUAAGUGCGGACCCGCCGGAGGGCCCGCGGCUGCGGCUGGGGUGCAGCGUGGCGGAGGCGUUUGGCGGCGUGGUGCCGGGCGAGGUCGUGCUGAGGGCGUACGCGGAGGCGUAUGCGGCGGAGGGCUACUGGCUGGUGUGGGCGCCGGAGGAGGGGGUGACGCGCGUGGUGUUGAAGGAGCGUGCGGGCUCGCGCGACGUGCUGCGCGCGGUGUGGCAGGCGGCGUGGCUGGAGGCGCGCUGUGGGCGGGCGGGCCUUGGGGCGCGGGAGGGCGGUGCAGGGGCGGCAGAGGGAGCACGCAGCGUCAGCAGCGGGAGCAGGAGUGGAGCUUUGGUGAGCGUUAGUGGGCAGGAGUGGAGGGUGGGGGCGGAGGCGGCAGGGGACUUGGUGGCGGGGCAGGGGCCGUUGCUGGCUGUGGUGUGUGAGAGCCUGGCGGCGCUGGAGGAGGGGUUUGACGGGUUCGUGUCGGCGUGCGAGCGGGCGGGCUGGGAGGCGGGCGUGGUGCACAUCAAGACCGGGCGCUCGCGGUUGAGAGAAGGGGAGGCGCAAGCGUGACGGCUCCACUAGCAACGCGGAGGGUGCGGGACGUGCAAGGUGCGACGUGAAGGGAGCGGUGGUGUCGGUGGUUAGAAAGCAAUUGCGUCGGGAACACGGCUUCUGUAAUGGAAGCACACCACGCUUGACAAUCGACGCAUGCGAUACACCCGGUAUUCGCUCCGUGCUGGAAUCAUCGGCGCCGAUUGCACACGUAGAAUCGUUUGCGCGUGGGAGCGGUUAGCACAGCCGUUGACUGACACCCGCGCGAACAGGUCAGAGAGGGCGAAUGGCGGCACUUCGGCCUUCAGCUACGCGGCACUGCGCAACAAUGCUUGUUGAGGCAAUUUGAGGCAUUUGUGGCACUUAUUGAGAUAUCCAAUAGGUCUCCAGUUGAGGGACGUGGUGUGUGCGGCUGGUCGGCGGCCGCCCCUCGUCUUUACUCCUUACGAGGGGUGUGUGGCGGUGUAACAUGGCGGCAAG